AUGAUGGUUGGCUUUGAGGGCCUGAAUACAGGUGUUGCAAGCACCAGUGGCCUAACAUGGGGCCUUCAGAAGUGUCCUGAGCAGGUACAGAGGCAAAAGCCAAAUGGAGACAAGAAGAAGCAGGGACACCAGAGUACCAAGGCACUUUGGAAUGGAUGGUCCACAUGGAAUCCACUAACAAAUAAUAGUUGGAAGGUUCUCUUCUCCAUCCUCAAGGACACUGGCAGCCUGAAGGAGCUGGACCUAAGUGGAAAUCCACUGAGUCUGUCUGCCAUGCAGAGUCUUUGUGAGUCCCUGAGACACCCUCGCUGCCACCUAAAGACCUUGUGGCUGGUCGGCUGUGGCCUCACAUCCAAAUGCUGCCAGGACCUGGCCUCUGUGCUCAGUGGCAACAGCAGCCUGACAGAGCUGGACCUGCAGCAGAAUGACCUGGGCACCAAUGGUGCGCAGUUGCUCUGUCAGGGGCUCAGGCAUCCCGCCUGCCAACUCACACUCCUAUGCCUGGACCACAUUCUUCUGAGUGAGGAGAUGAAGGAGGAGCUAAGGGCCUUGAAAGAAGAGAAACCUCAGCUGCUUGUCUGCAGCAGAUGGAAGCCACGUGUGAUGAUCCCUACUGAGGGCAGGAAUGGAGGAGAGAUGGGUACUAGCACAUCCUCACUCAAGCGGCAGAGACCACAGUCAGAGGAAGGCUCCCCACAAUUACCCCAGAUGGAACCCUUCUUUUUGCCCUCUCCCUCCCCUCUGGGACACCAGCACACGGAGCCUCUGGGGACUGAAGAUGACUUCCAUGGACCAACAGGGCCUGUGCUUACUGAGGUUAUUGACAAAGAGAGAAACUUGUACCGAGUUCGUUUCCCUAUGGCUGGCUCCUACCACUGGCCCAACACAGGUCUUGGCCUUGCAGUGAGAAAGGCAGUAACCAUCGAGAUUAAAUUCUGUGCCUGGGACCAGUUCCUAGACCUGCAGCACACUUGGAUGGUGGCAGGACCUCUCUUUGACAUUAAAGCUGAGCAUGGAGCUGUGGCUGCUGUGUACCUCCCUCACUUUGUGGCUGUCCAAGAGGGGACUGUGGACAUCUCCCUGUUCCAAGUGGCCCACUUUAAAGAGGAGGGUAUGAUCCUGGAGAAGCCAACCAGGGUGGCACAUUACACAGUCCUGGAAAACCCCUCCUUCUCCCCGAUGGGAGUUCUCCUGAAAAUAAUCCCUGCUGUCCGGCGCUUCAUCUGUAUCACCUCCACCACGUUGCUCUACCAUCACAUCCAUGCUGAGGAAGUAACCUUCCACCUCUACCUGAUUCCAAGUGACUGCACCAUUCGGAAGGCCAUAGAUGAUGAAGAAAAGAAGUUCAAGUUUGUGCAGAUACAUAAGCCACCCCCAAUGGACUCCCUUUACAUAGGCACCCGCUACACUGUGUCUGGUUCAAGAAAGCUGGAAAUCAUCCCAAAGGAACUAGAGCUCUGCUAUCGAAGCCCCUGUGAACCCCAGCUCUUCUCUGAGAUCUACGUUGCCAACUUUGGGUCAGGGAUCCAGCUGCAAAUAAGAAACAAGAAAGAUGAAACACUAAUAUGGGAGGCCUUGUUGAAACCAGGAGACCUCAGACCUACAGCUACUCUGGUCCAUCCAGUUUCCCUAGGUUCACCUUCACCUCCGAAUGCCCUGGCCUUACUGCACUUCAUUGACCAGCACCGGGAGCAGCUGGUAGCCCAAGUAACAUCAGUGGACCCUGUGUUGGACAAGCUGCAUGGACAGGUGCUGAGUGAAGAGCAGUAUGAGAGUGUGCGGGCUGAAGCCACAAAGCCAGGCCAGAUGCGGAAGCUGUUUGGCUUCAGUCGAUCCUGGAACCGGGCCUGUAAAGACAAAGUCUACCAAGCCCUAAAGGAGGCCCAUCCUCACUUAGUCAUGGAACUCUGGGAAAAGUGGGGUGGAGGCAUGGGGGGACUGUGA